GCUUCUUCACUUUACGACACUCAUUUUGACAAUGGAUACGGAAGAUAAUAUUCAAGAAGUUCUUGGGUCUGAAGAAGAAGUUGGCUCUGGCAAUGAAACUGAAGAAGGGGAAGACGAUUCAUUUGAAGAUUCUUCUGAAGAAAUGGAAGAAUCUUCGGAGGGUGAAUCUGAAGCAGAAGAAGAAGAACCAAAAUUGAAAUAUAAGCGUCUUGAGGCCGCUGAAAUAUUAAAAAAAGACGCUGCAAGUACAUUGGCAGUAUCCGCUCGCUUCGUGGCUUUGGGAACACACAACGGCGGUGUCUUCAUAUUAGACUUUGAUGGAAACCUGAUCAAACGAUUUUCAUCACAUACAGCAACUGUCAACGAUCUGUCAAUAGAUACAGCCGAGGAAUAUGUUGCCAGCAAAGUCGUCAUCCAUGGAAUGUAUGUUGACUCCGUCCAAGUUUUUAACUAUCGACGUCCACUCAAAUGUGUCGCGCUAGAUCCUGAUUUUAGCAAGAAAGAUACUCAACAAUUUGUAUCAGGUGGCUUGGCUGGUCAACUAAUCUUGAAUGAAAAAGGUUGGUUUGGCCAGAAGCAAGACAAAGUACUUCAACAUUCUGGGGAAGGUCCAAUAUAUGCCGCAAGAUGGAAAGGAACACUAAUCGCUUACGCUAAUGACGAAGUACAAAAUUAA